CACGCGGCUGGCUCAUUCAUGGCUCAACUUACUAGAAAUUGUAUUGUGUUUUGUUUUUUUUUCAAAAAUGGUCAUUUAAUUUUUGAUUGAUUCAUUUGUUCAAGCAACUUUCAUUCAUAAUUUGGAGCAUUAACACGAUUUCAGUUCAUCAAUAUUAUUGAUCAAUAGGUCUUAAAAUUUACUUCCAAAUCCCACCCUUUUAGUAAUCUUAGCUAAUACAGAAUGGGAAGAAAGAAAAAAAAGCCAGUUAAACCUUGGUGUUGGUAUUGUAAUAGAGAAUUUGAUGAUGAAAAAAUUCUGAUACAGCACCAAAAAGCAAAGCAUUUUAAAUGCCCUACAUGUCAUAAAAAACUUUACACGGGACCAGGUAUGGCUAUUCAUUGUAUUCAGGUACAUAAAGAAACUAUUGACAAGAUACCAAAUGCUCUACCUAACCGUAACAGUGUGGAUAUCGAAAUUUAUGGAAUGGAAGGUAUUCCAGAGGCCGAUCUAAGAGAACAUGAACGACAAAAAGGAAAUCCAUCUAAUGAUGUUCCAAUAAUGAGCCAACCAUCUUCUGGGAUGCCUCAAAUGCCAAAAAUGCCGCCGCCACUAACAAGUCCAGCUGCAAUGGUCGCUGCAGCUUCUGGUAUGAUACCACCUCAAGUGGUAGGGUUGAAUAUUCCUCCUCCAUCAACGCCAUACAUGAUGCCUGGUUACCUACCACCCGCUCCAUACACAGCACCACCGGUUCCUGUACAACCUCAAACAAAUCCUAAUGUUUAUGCAACCAUCGGUGCUCCUUCAACCCCAUAUGUUUCUACAUUACCCCUUCAGUCACCUUUAAUUCCACCGCAACCAUUGGUUAAUUCGGUGAUUCCAACUGGCACAUUAACAAAUGUACCUAGUAAGCCACUUUUCCCCUGUGUAUCAAACACAGGCGCUGAUAAUUCAUCUUCGACCACUGUUGUUGGAGCUGAUUUUAAGCCUAUACUUAGUAACUCGACAAGUACAACCAAUCCACCUUCAUCUAGCUCUGUAAUUUCCAAACCAGCGUCAGUUGCCUCAACAGGUGCAACAUCUAGAAUAAUUCAUCCCGAAGAAGAUAUUUCACUUGAAGAAUUACGAGCGCGAUUGCCUAAAUAUGCAGGUAUGAUACCGCAAAUCGCUUAAGCUAAUAUAUCUGAUUAUUCACAAACAUUUAAUUCACAUUUAUGUAUAUAUUAAUAAAAUUUCGCCAAAUUCGAUGGGGAAUAUUUGACUAAA